AGCCAAUGUGAGUACGAUCAAGUGGUAGUAACACGUCACAAAUUCACAUGGUAGUAGAGUAAAGUGAAUUAAAAAUCUGAUCAGCAGUCGAACCUCAUAUUUCAGCUGGUAAAGUAUCGGGCUGGAAACCCGGUGGUCUCUGAUUCGAAUUCGGCUACCCACCAGUUUCAUCACAUACAACAAAUAUACUCUAAAGAUUACUUAUGUUUUUAGAUGAAGCAGUUUAGUUAAACAGUUCGAAUAUUGUAACAAUUGUGAUACUUUUAUUGAACCAUUGUAACUUAGAUUCUAUACAUUAGGUAAUCCAACCUGAAAAUCAAUUUCUCACCAUGAAAACAAUCUUGUUUAUGCACAAAUUUCCUUGUAUCUACAUCAAUAUUUACACAAGCAUGGAUAGAUAUACACAUACACACACACAUGCAUACAUACAUCUACACUCAUUCACUUUGAAUAAACUGGCUUUAAUAUAUAAACCAAGUGGUUUAUUGAUUUUUACAAGCAUAAAACAGUAUUACAUGCUUUAACCCAUCACUACAAUAUACAUUCGAAGGGAGACAGAUAUUAGUCUACUCAAUAAGAGAAAUACAACAAUUGUGUAAUAUACACUACAUGUAUCUAUCCGAACUAGUAGAUUUGAUACAUUGUGAGUUGUAUACAGUUAAAAAUAUACAGGAACUAAUAACCUAUCAAGUGUAAACAUACAACCAACCUGAUUGCUUCAACCGAUAAAAAGUAUUUCAUUUUCUGGUAUGUGUGUCAAUUGAAACGAAGCCAAGUUACUGAAGGUAAAUUAUAUUUCAAGAACUCAAUCAAAUAUUAGAGUGGAUUAGAUAAUAAAAUCUAUAUAACUGUAUAUAAUAUAGUCAAAAAAAACAAAAAACAAAACAAACUUAAUUAUUAUACAAAAUUAACAUAAGAAAAUGGGUGAACGUAAAGCUGUUAUUAAGAAUGCUGAUAUGAGUCCUGAAAUGCAAGAUGAUGCUGUUCAUGUUGCAGCAAGUGCAUUAGAUAAAUAUGAUGUAGAAAAAGAUGUUGCAGCAUUCAUUAAAAAAGAGUUUGAUCGUAAAUAUAAUCCUACAUGGCAUUGUAUUGUUGGAAGACAUUAUGGCAGUUAUGUAACUCAUGAGACCCAAAAUUUCAUCUACUUCUACCUUGAAGAUCGUGCAGUACUCUUAUUUAAAUCUGGUUAAUGCUAUUACAAUAGGCGAUUUCAGUAUGAUACAAUAGAAAGGAGUCGAAUGAUAAAGAAUAACAAAUAUGGUUAUCAUAUUUAUAAGAAAAAUUUAUCACUUAUAUAACAUUUUGUAUUUAUUUACCAUUUCAAUUAUUUGACUUGUAUUUGUUAGUUAAAUAUAAAAAAAAAAUUCCUUAAUC